UUUAAAAUUCUCCCACCCUCUUCCCUCUGACUAUAGAUAAUAAUGAUAAUAAUUAAUUGAUAAAAAGCGUUAGAAUUUGGUGAAGCUUUUAGCCGGAAGAGCCGAUGCCCCCUUCUCUCUAGUUAGCGGGAGUUGGAGCUCUCUUGGUGAUUCUGUUGGUGUGCUUGCUUCGUUUGGUGAAGUCGGAGCGAGCUGUCGGUUUUGUUGGUGGAUUAAUUAAAGGAGGAAGAAGAGAGGAUGGCGGAAGAGGAGUCGAAGAAGGUGGAGGCGGAGGGCUCGUCGGAGACCGCACCGCCGCCGCCGGAGCCCACGAAGGACGUUGCUGAGGAGAAGGCGGUGAUCCCGCCGCCUUCGGAGGAGAAGGCCGACGAUUCCAAGGCUCUGGACGUCGUCGAGAAGGUUGCAGAUACUCCAACAGAGAAGAGCAGAGGGGGUUCAACUGAGAGAGUUGCUCAACUUACAAGGCUUGAAACGGAGAAGAGAAUGUCUUUAAUAAGGGCAUGGGAGGAAAAUGAAAAGGUUAAAGUUGAAAAUAAGGCUGCUAAGCAGAUGUCAUCUAUUACUGCAUGGGAAAACUCAAAGAAGGCAGCUACGGAAGCUGAGCUGAAAGCAAAAGAGAGCCUGCAACCAAAUACUUUUCUAAUGUGUGAGCAGGAAGAAUUAGAAAAGAAGAAGGCGGAAUAUGCAGAAAAAAUGAAAAACAAGGUGGCCAUGAUUCACAAGACAGCAGAAGAGAAGAGGGCAAUUGUUGAGGCCAAGUGUGGCGAAGACAUCCUGAAAGCAGAGGAAAUGGCUGCAAAAUACCGUUCCACAGGGCUUGCUCCAAAGAAGCUUUUUGGGUGCUUCGGGGCCUAAGAUCCAACUAGAAAGAGGGGAUUUGAUGGUACAAUCCAGCUCUGAUCUGUUUGUUUCUUUCUAUGUUUUGUCUGUCGGUUGUGUUGAUUUAGCUAAAACUUCAUUGGGAAAUCAGUGUCUGGUGUGCAAAGUGUCAUGUUCUUGUAUAUAGUUCUAAUCUAGUGCUGUACAUUAGUAUUCUUUUUAGUUUGUGGGAAAGGAAAAAAAAAUUCUUGUGUGUGUAUUUAAUACGACAUUAAAUUGUUUCCCAGUGUUGAAGCCCUUGUACGUUGACAAGCAUAUGUUUAUACAGAAGUUACUGAGAUGUA